AUAAAAAUAACAAAUGUAGGGAUUUUAUUUUGUUGCUUGCAAGCCUGUUAAAAAUUUUCACUUUCGUAAAUAUCGCAAAAACCGUAUUCCUGUCAGCCGCAACAAAUCAGUCAGACUGCCUAGGGUCACUCCACGCGGCGCUUAAUAUCACAUAAAUUUUUCGAAAGGACCCUCCGGUAACAUGGCGUCACCAAAAGCCAUCAUGGUCAAGGACCUGAUUAACAGCGACACGGUCGUCAUUUUCUCGAAGACCUACUGCCCUUAUUGCAAAAUGGCCAAAGAGGUCUUCGAUAAAUUGCAACAGAAAUACACGGCGGUAGAAUUGGACAAUCGGGCGGACGCCGACGAAGUCCAAGCGAUCCUAGGCGAAAUUACCGGGGCGCGUACCGUGCCGAGAGUGUUCGUGAAGGGCGAAUGCCUCGGGGGCGGCAGUGACGUCAAACAACUCUACGAAUCCGGCAAACUGGAAUCAUACUUCGCUUAAUUGGUGCCAACGCAACUUAUUACCAACCAAAAAAAAGUUUUCUAUGAUUUUCUCAUUCGUGAUAGCAAUUGAUUCCCUGAAAUAUAUACUCCUAGACAAUAAUAGUGUACUAGCGAGAACUCGAAACUGAAAUAAAACCGAAUGAAACACA